AUGAGCCAACAAAAGGCCCCACCCAACAUACUCGUUCCUAAAGGCACAACGACAUUCUGGCUGGGUAAUCCUGCCGCUGAAAAGUUGAUCAUCUACUUUCCCGGUGGCGCCUACUGCCUCCCCGCUCUACCAAACCACUUUACCCACCUCGAAGCUCUCUCCGCAGACAUAACACAGUGUUGGAAUAAUAUCGGUGCGCUAUUCCUUGCCUAUGAACUUGUCCUCCGAGCCCAAUGGCCUCACAUUGUUCUUCAAGGGGACUCGGCGGGCGCUCAUCUUGCACUUGCGCUACUAUCACAUCUCGUUCACCCACAUCCUCAAGAGAUCGUGGCAAGAUUUUUGGUCGAUGAACCCCUCAGAAAGACGAUGUUGUUGUCCCCUUGGGUUGACUUCGGAAUCAAUCAUGCGAGCUCCAGAGGAAAUGCGGACAGAGACAUUGUUUCGGCUCAGACUUUGAAUAGCUGGGCACAGAUAUUUCUGGGUCAAACCGUGGAAGAUGAGUACAACUGCCCCGCCAAAGCCCCAGCGGGCUGGUGGAGAGACCUUCCCGUUUCAAGAAUCUUUGUUGGCGCGGGAGGAGACGAAGUCCUGUUGGAUCCGGUAAGGGAGACGGCCAAGAAGAUGAAGGCUGAACUCCCUGACGUGAGCAUUAGCAUUGUGCCUCGAGACUUCCACGUUGAACCAAUCACGGACUUCGCAUUGAAGUUACCCCCUGGAUUGCAGUUCAAGGUGAUGGCGUCAUGGUUAAACCAGACCUUUUCGGAGUGA